AUCGCUAACUUUCAGCAGUAAACAAGCUCUGAGGACUACGACAAGCUACAGUGGUCCCAAAUGCCCGUUUUUAGCGAAUUUUGAAACAGAUUCUUCGCAUAUCGGGCCCAUGCUACGUCUCAGAGAACCAUAAAAUCGCACAAAUCCUCUUCACGCGGCGAGGUUUGCGCUUCUUAGCCGGCUAGCUUGCUAACAUUAGCAGUGACGAGCAGCCUGGUUGGACCCGAACAAACCUGAACGCGAUGUCGCUGGUGGAUCUGGGGAAGCGGCUGCUGGAAGCGGCUCGGAAAGGAAACGAUGACGAGGUCCGAAACCUGAUGGCCAACGGAGCGCCGUUCACCACCGACUGGUUGGGGACGUCGCCCCUCCACCUGGCCGCCCAGCACGGCCACUACUCCACCGCCGACGUCCUGCUGAGAGCUGGCGUCAGCAGAGACGCCCGAACCAAAGUGGACAGGACCCCGCUGCAUAUGGCAGCUGCUGAGGGACACACAGUCAUCGUAGAGCUGCUGAUCAGGAGCGGUGCGGACAUCAACGCCAAAGACAUGCUCAAGAUGACGGCUCUCCAUUGGGCGGCGCAGCACGGACACCACGGCGUGUGCGACACCCUCAUCAAACACGGCGCAGACGUUCACGCGCGCAGCAAAUUCGAAAAGACGCCAUUCGACAUCGCAGCCGACAUCCAGAACACGGAGCUGAUGCUGAUGCUGCAGGAGAGCAUGCAGAACCAGGUUAACAUGAACCAGGUGAGCAUGAAUAUGGAGACGACCAGCACCACCAACCAACCGCAGUUCAUAAUCCAGGGAAUACCUGCCAUCCAGGGGGUGAACCUGGCGGAGCUGCUGAACAAGGCUAACGCAGGAGAGUCAGAGGAGGCGAUGGCAGCCAGUGCUCUGGACUCCAACAUCCAGCAUACCGCAGUGGUGAAUGAGAGCGGCCAGCGGGUCAUCACGAUCGUAACGGACCAACAUGGCAACCUUCAGACCACGGGGGGGAUGUCCCAGCCCUUCUUUGUCACGAUGCAGCACGGACAGCAGAUGCUCGCAGUGCCGGCCAACACUGUGACAGAGGAAGUGGUAACGGAGGAGCCGCAACCUCCGCCCUCCAGGAAGAGGAAGCUGGAGGUGACCAACAACCACAACGACACAGGAGAGACUGAGUUGCUGCAGAGACAGCUGCAGGAAGCUAACAGGAAGGCUCAGGAGUACCGACAGCAGCUCCUCCGUAAGGAGCAGGAAGCCGAGGAAUACCGCAUGAAGCUGGAGGCCAUGGCUCAGAGUCAGGCCAACACCAGCAACGGCAACGCCGCGGCCGGCGCCAACGCCGCCAGCCCGGAGGAAGUGGUGGGAGAGGAGGACGAGGAGGAGGGUGCCACCGGCGUAGUGGAGGAGGAAGGAGAGAUGGUGGUGCUGCAGGAAGGGGGAAUCAUCAUGGAAGGGGAGGAAGGUCAGGUGACGCUGGUGGAGACGGGCGGCGAGGCGACGCAGGUCAGCUCCUAACGCAGGAGGAGACGCAUCGUAACAGGAGGCGGCUGAUAGGACUCAUUUAACUGUGACUAAGGGAAGGAGCUGACUCACC